UUUAAUAUUUGACAUUAGUUUUUCUUUAAAGAUGGCUCCGACCCGGAGUAUUAUUGGAUUUUUAAAUCCUAAAACGAUUAGUGCUGUUUUUAGUUCAAAUAUAUCAAAAACUCCGUGUCGCUUUAUUCAUAAAUGUAAUAAUUGCAAUCAUUUUUCAAGGAGUCCGGUAGUAUCUACCGUCGCAUUGGGUCGUAAAAAUUUUAAAUAUGGGGAACUUAGUGCGAGACAUCGAUACAUUCAUACUACUACUAGUUUAAAUGCAAGGACUGACUAUUAUCAAGUUCUUGGAGUAUCCAAAAAUGCUUCAGCUAAAGAUAUAAAAAAGGCAUACUAUCAGCUUGCUAAAAAGUAUCAUCCAGAUGCAAAUAAAUCAGAUCCUGAAGCUCCAAAAAAGUUCCAAGAAGUUUCCGAAGCGUAUGAGAUCCUUUCUGAUGAAAACAAACGUAAACAAUAUGAUACAUAUGGUACAACAUCCGAGCAAAUGGGCAUGGGUGGUGGGCCUGGAGGUCCCGAUGGUUUUACACAUCAAUGGCAGUAUAAAUCCACCAUAGAUCCUGAAGAGCUCUUCCGUAAGAUAUUUGGUGAUGCGGGAUUCAAAGCUGAAUCAUUUAGCGACUUUGCUGAGAGCAAGUUUGGUUUUGGUGCAGCUCAAGAGAUAAUUGUAAAUCUAAGAUUUACUGAAGCAGCUCGUGGUGUGAACAAGGAUAUAAAUGUCAAUGUGGUGGAUACAUGCCCCAAGUGUAUGGGGUCCAGAAGUGAGCCUGGCACUAAAGCUAUUAAGUGUACUUAUUGUAAUGGUACCGGCAUGGAGACAUUUUCUAGAGGACCGUUUGUGAUGCGUUCAACAUGUCGACAUUGCCAUGGAACUAGAAUGCUGAUUAAGUACCCUUGUUCCGAGUGUGAAGGCAAAGGACAAACUGUUCAACGUAAAAAAGUAACCGUUCCAGUACCAGCAGGUGUCGAAGACGGACAGACAGUACGGAUGGCUGUUGGCAACAAUGAAGUCUUUAUUACAUUCAAAGUUGAAAACUCGAGCUAUUUUCAAAGAGAUGGACCAGAUGUUCAUACUGAUUGCACAAUUUCAGUGUCACAAGCGUUGCUGGGUGGAACUGUGAGGAUACAAGGCCUCUAUGAAGACCAUACGAUACAGAUUGUUCCAGGUACUUCCUCACACAGCACAAUCCGCUUGUCACGGAAAGGUAUGAAGAGAGUGAGUCAGCAUGGCCAUGGUGACCACUAUGUGCACAUUAAAAUACAGGUACCGAAGACGCUUAGCGAAAAACAGAAGGCACUUAUAUACGCUUACGCUGAACUGGAAGAGGAAACGCCAGGUCAAAUACACGGCGUUUCUUAUGACAGAGAUGCCGAUGGCAAAAAAACCGGUAACGCGAAUGAAUCACAAACUAUACACGAAGCGAAUCGCGAACCGGAAUCAGAACGCGACGGAACAAAAUGGACGUUUAUUGAAAGUUUACUCGAGUCAUUACACAAUAAUAGAGCUAGUUUCGUCACUGGUUUUGUUUUAUCAGUUAUUAUAUGUUUGUUCUUUCUACUUAACGACCCUAUCGAUAGAUUUCGGGUAUAUGAAUAUAUAGAAAAGAGUGAAUCUGAGGGUGUAUCGAGGUAUCCCGAUGUACCGCUCGGGUAUAAAGAGACUAUACGCAAGCAAAGGGAAAAAAAUCCGGAAUUGUAUGAUGCGUAAAGUGUUAUUUAUAUUUGAUUUUCGAUCAAUAAGGAAUAUGCAUUUUUGAUAAUCAUAAAAAAAUUAUAAAAAAAAACAACGCGCUCGAUAUUUUGCCGCGUUUUUUGUGACGUUAAUACCUUUGACUUUUCCUAUAAAAAGUUUUUUAUUACCUUUGACUAAAGUUUCUUGAAUUUAAACUGAUAGUCAUGAGUUGUAUUCUCACUUCUCAUCUGUGACAAAUAUUUGUGGACACCAUAGACUAGAUAGAGAUACUGGAUAUCUGUUAUUCCAGUGACAAGUAUUAAUAUUUUCUUUUGAAGUUAAAAGCGGUAAUAAAGAGUAAUCAAAAAUAGUCAUUGAGUUUUUGCAAAACAGUAUUGACAUAAUUGCUUUAUUACAUUAAUGAUAAUUAUGGAUAAUAGAAGAAUGAAAAUAUGGCUGACUUUAUUCUUAUAUGCAUAUUCCCUAUUAACAUAAAAUCAGUUUAUUUAUUAUUAUCAACAAAAUAUAAUAAUACUUAGAAAUAUGUAACUUGUAUAUAAGUUUAUUAUAUAUUUAAAAGCAUUGAAUGAAUAAUGUUUUGAAUGUGAUAGUUACUAGAGGAUAUAGUAUGAUGGUUAUG